UGAAGUGUGCUUGUUGUCCUUGGUGAGCUGUUCCCCUCAAAGAAUUGCCUUGCCAGCCUGUGUGGUUGGUGUAAGCGACUCUGCAAGAGAAGGACGAGGAGGCGUCGGCGGGAUGCUGGAGGUCCUGGUGCUAAAGAUUGAAGAUCCAGGUUGCUUUUGGGUAAUUAUAAAAGAAUGUCGUCAAUUUUUAGAACAAGAAGUCGACUAUCAAAAACUGAACAGUGCUAUGAAUGACUUCUAUAGCAGCAUGUGUCAAGACAUAGAAAUAAAGCCGUUAAUGCUGGAAGAAGGGCAGGUGUGUGUGGUAUACUGUCAGGAGCUGAAGUGCUGGUGCAGGGCUGUGAUUAAGUCAAUCGUCUCUUCCGCAGACCAUUACCUGGCAGAGUGUUUCCUUGUGGAUUUUGCCAAGUGCAUUCCAGUAAAAUCCAAAAACAUCCGAGUCGCAGUAGAAUCCUUUAUGCAGCUUCCUUAUAGAGCAAAAAAGUUCAGACUUUAUUGUACCAAGCCUGUGACAUUGCACAUCGACUUCUGUGAGGACAGUGCUGAGAUUAUACCUGCCACAAAAUGGGACAGUGCAGCUAUCCAGUACUUUCAGAACAUUCUAAGAGAAACUACCCAAGUGGAAGCAAAACUUUGUGCUGUGGAAGAAGAUACCUUUGAGGUUUACCUUUAUGCAACAAUAAAAAAUGAAAAAGUUUGUGUAAAUGAUGAUCUGGUCGCAAAGAACUUUGCUUAUUAUGUGUCACCCAUGGGGAAUAAAAACCUCAAUAUGUUGGAGAAGCCCAGAUCCAGUCUCAAUUCGGUGCCCUGCUCCAGUAAGCUCAGCCCAUCACUUACUCUGUGGCCAAUGCUUUUGCAAGGGAAAGACCAUCGUGGAAUGGAAAAUAAAGCUAUAAAAUACAAGGAUUCCUUGAGAGACUCACCUAAAGUUCUGUUUGAGAAGAAGCAGCAAUGCCCCCCUUUAAAACACAUGAACGAGUGUAUUGAAUCUUCAGCAUACUGGCCAACAAAAAGAGGCAUAACUAUAUAUGCUGAUCCAGAUAUUCCAGCAGCAAGUGGGUUUAGCCAGAAACCAAAUGAGAAGCUGCUGCGGUUGACGGAGAAGAAAGACUGUGAUGAGAAGAAUGGCUGUGUGAAAUUACUACAGUUUUUAAACCCUGAUCCUUUGAGAGCUGAUGAGAUCUCUGACCUGCAGCAGUUGCAGAAGGUGAAGUUGGGCACACUACAGCCUGGUGUGGUACUCCGGAACAGGAUCGAGCCCUGUCUGACCCUGGAGAAAUCCCCUCUAUCAGCAGACCUGAAGAAGGCUCUUCAAAGAAACAAGUUCCCGGGACCCAGCCACACUGCAUCUUACUCUUGGCCUCCUAUUGCACGUGGCUGUGACGUGGUGGUCAUUUCUCACUGUGGAAAUGACCCUUUAUUGUACCUGCCACCGCUGCUUACGGUUUUGCAGAUGGGGGGCUGCUACAAGUCAUUACCAAGUAGAAAUGGACCUCUUGCAGUCAUCGUGUGUCCUGGGUGGAAAAAGGCCCAGUUUAUUUUUGAGUUAUUGGGAGACUAUAGCAUGUCCUCCAGGCCUCUUCAUCCUGUGUUAUUAACAAUUGGACUUUACAAAGAUGAAGCCAAAAACAUGAAGCUUCCAAGGGGGUGUGAUGUGAUUGUCACAACUCCACACAGCCUCUUGAGACUUCUCACGUACAGAAGCUUAUUGUUUCUUAGACUCUGCCACCUGGUUCUGGAUGAAGUGCAAGUGUUGUUCUUUGAAGCCAAUGAGCAAAUGUUUGCCAUAUUAGAUAACUUUAAAAAAAACGUUGAAGUGGAAGACCGGGAGUCUGCACCACACCAGAUUGUGGCAGUGGGUGUUCACUGGAACAGACACAUAGACCAUCUAGUCAGAGAGUUCAUGAAGGAUCCCUACGUCGUGAUCACCGCCCUGGAGGAGGCUGCCCUCUAUGGCAAUGUCCAGCAGGUGGUGCAUUUGUGCCUGGAGUGUGAGAAAACCUCUACUUUACUCCAAGUUCUUGACUUUGUUCCAAGUCAGGCUCAGAAGACCUUGAUCUUCACCUGCUCUGUGGCUGAAACAGAAACUGUAUGUAAGGUAGUGGAAAGCAAUUCAAUAUUUUGCUUGAAAAUGCAUAAAGAGAUGUCUUUUAACUUAAAAAGUAUUUUAGAACAGUGGAAGAAGAAGUUAAGUCCUGGCUCUCACAUUGUAUUAACCUUAACAGACGACUGCAUACCCCUCCUGGCCAUCACCGAUGCCACCUGUGUAGUUCACUUCAGCUUUCCUUCUUCUCCGAAAGUGUUUGGUGGACGCCUGUACUGCAUGUCUGAUCAUUUUCAGAGUGUAACUGAACAGGGCUCUCCUGCAGAGCAGGGAGAUAAAAAAACCAAAUCUGUCUUGUUGCUGACGGAGAGAAAUGCAAGCCAAGCCGUUGGUGUCCUACGAUACUUGGAGCGAGCAGAUGCCAAAAUCCCAUCAGAGCUGUAUGAGUUUACUGCUGGGGUCCUGGAAGCCAAAGAAGAUAAGAAGGCCAGAAGACCUCUUUGUUCAUAUCUUAAGGCUUUUGGCUUUUGCAAAGACAAAAGGAUCUGCCCUGACCGGCACCACAUUAAUCCAGAAAUGGAUAUCCCAAGGAAUUUAUCCAACGAAGCUCUGCCAGUGUCUGGACACGUUAGGAUAAUACCUUUUUACGUUUCAAAUGCAACCAAUUACUUUGGUCGUAUAAUUGAUAAACACUUGGAUCUUUAUGCAACUCUCAAUGCGGAAAUGAGUGAAUAUUUUAAGGAUCCCGGUAACAAAACAGCUGUUGAAAAGGUGGAGAGUUUGGGGUUGUAUGGAUUAGAAGAGAAAACACUUUUCCAGAGGGUUCAAGUGUUGGAGGUGAGCCAGAAGGAAGAUAACUGGGGUUUGGGGAGUGUCUUGGUGAAAUUCAUAGAUGAAGGCAGGACCAAGCUCAUCGCAAGAGACAAGCUGCUGCUGCUCCCAGAGAAGUUCCACACUCUGCCCCCUCAGGCUGUGGAAUUCAUUGUUUGUAGGGUGAAACCAGCUGACAGUGAAAUUGAAUGGAACCCAAAGGUUACUAGAUACAUUCAUCAUAAGAUUGUUGGGAAAAUGCAUGAUGCCAAAGUGGUUCUAGCCUUGGGAAAUACCCUUUGGAUUGAUCCAAUGGUGCAUGUUACAAAACUAUCAAAUCUAAAAACCUCUAUCAUUGAUUAUAAUGUUCGAGCUGAAAUUUUGUCCAUGGGAAUGGGUAUUGAUAAUUCAGAACACAUAGAACAACUGAAAAAACUAUGCAAAGAAGCCAAACUGCCAGCUUUCGAGGACCUUCCGGGCCAGACUUCGACACCUACCACAGUGGAAGAUGCCAUGUGUCUGCAGGGCACUCAGCAAGGAGAUGGAGACACAGAAAAAAGUGCUGCUUCCAAGGUGGACUUGGACACCCAGAAGGCUGAAGUUUUAUCUGAGGACACUGGCAGUGACUCCAUCAGCAGAACUCCACAACCACAUGUGAGAAGCUUUUAUCCACAGAUAAAGUGGUUCCAGAAAGAUGAUGUGGUCAUCUUAAAGAUAAAGAUAAGGAAUGUCAAAGAUUAUAAGUGUAAAUUCUUUACAGAUAGAGUCAUUUUCAGUGCCUGGGUAGGAGACAAGUUUUACUUGGCUGAUAUGGAGCUGCAAGGUGACAUAAGGAAAGAUGACUGCAAGUGUGUAAUUAAAGACGAUGAACCUCUAAUCACACUUGCAAAAGAGAAAAGGGCACGCUGGCGCGGCCUGCUCAAGCAGAGGCAUCCUAAUGUGGCUUUUGACUUUGAUCACUGGGAGGAAUGUGAAGAGGACAGCCCCUUCUCCAAGGUUGUAAAUUCUAAAAACCUGUCCUGCAAAGCGGCAGUGUUAGCUGAGAGCAGCGGCACCUCUUCCGACACUAGUGAUGGGAGUGACAGCGAGUGA